UCUGCGCCGCCCUCCAAGAAGGAGACGAGUCUGCGCGAGUUUCUAGGCAAGAUGGACGACUAUGCGCCGAUUAUCCCCGACGCCGUGACAGCCCAUUACCUCACGCUCGCGGGCCUCCCACCCCCAGGCAACGGUCCGAACCAGACUCCACCGCACCUGGCGCGGCUGCUCGCGCUCGCGACGCAAAAGUUCGUCUCCGACAUUGCCGCCGACUCGUACCAGUACGCGCGAAUCCGCGCCUCGAACAGCUCCUCCGCGAAUAACCCCAUGGGCAGCCUGACGGCAGCCUCGGGCCUGAAUCCCCCUGGGGGUGCGUCUUCGGGGACAGGCGCUGCGGGCGGGGGAGGUGGCGGCGGUGGCUCCGGUGCCGCUGGCGGAGAUGCAGGCAAGGGCAAGGCGGCAACACAUCUGGGCAUCCAGAGGCCGGGUUUUGGAGGUGGAGGGUCCGGUGGUUCGGGCCAGGGACGUACCGUCCUCACCAUGGAAGAUCUGGGGAUGGCCGUGUCGGAAUAUGGCGUCACCGUCAAGAGAGGGGAGUUCUACCGGUAA